UUUUGGAUUUGUUGAAAAACCCUUGAGGUGUUAAGUUGCAUUUUUUUUUUUUUUUUCUAUUCAUUCAAAAGAAAGUCAGACAAUGAGAUUAACAUUUAUAAUUAUAUUUUGUUCUAUAAGUGUGCUAAGCAGUGAAUUCGUGACAUGUUUAAGUUUGAAUCCAGCGGGAACAGUUGUGAAGCAUAGAACUACCUUUGAUGCUGACGCGGAAGGAUUUUGGCAGCGUCAGUCAAGCUGGAAAUCAAGAUGGGUUAAGUAUUGGCGACCUAAAAUCACGUACGUGCCUGUAUGGAAAAAGGUUUGGGGACCUGUUAUACAAAAUGAAUGGAUGCCUUUACCGAACAUUCUACCGGAAUUGGAUGAAGAAAAGCAUAUUCAAACAUAA